AAACAUUUAACAGCAUGCCGUAUUGAGGGCUAGUUCGGUGAGAUUACACGUGAAUGUGUCAGGACGUGAAUAUCUAGCUAUUGUGGAUUCGUGUGGUGAAAAGUUUCCGAAUCGAGGCCGGCGGGAUGCUGUACCUGAUCGGCUUGGGACUCGGAGACGCCACCGACAUCACGGUGAAGGGUCUGCGGGCGGUGAAGAGCUGCUCCCGGGUCUACCUGGAGGCCUACACCUCCAUCCUGACUGUGGGGAAAGAGGCGCUGGAGGAGUAUUAUGGGAAGCAGCUGAUCCUGGCGGACCGGGAUCUGGUCGAGCAGGGAGCCGACGAGAUCCUGAAGGACGCAGAUGUGACCGACGUGGCCUUCCUGGUGGUGGGCGACCCGUUCGGAGCCACGACUCACAGCGACCUCGUCCUCAGAGCGGUGAAUGCUGGGAUACCGUACAGGGUCAUCCAUAAUGCCUCCAUCAUGAACGCAGUGGGCUGCUGCGGCCUGCAGCUGUAUAACUUCGGGGAGACGGUGUCGGUGGUGUUCUGGACGGAAACGUGGAAACCCGAAAGUUUCUACGACAAAAUCUGUAAAAACAGAGCAGCUGGACUGCACACACUCUGCCUGCUGGAUAUUAAAAUGAAAGAGCAGAGCAUCGAGAACAUGAUGAGGGGCAAGAAGAUCUACGAGCCGCCGCGCUUCAUGACUGUCAGUCAGGCUGCAGAACAGCUGAUUCAGAUCAUCGAGAGGAGGAGGAGCGAGGAAGAGGAGGAGCUGGGAGUGACGGAGGACACGGUGUGCGUCGGCCUGGCCCGGCUCGGCGCCGACGACCAGGCGGUCCGGGCGGCGACGCUCCGCCAGCUGGCGUCAUGCGACCUGGGCGGGCCGCUCCAUUCGCUGGUGGUCACCGCCCGGCUCCACCCGCUGGAGGUGGACAUGCUGCGCCUGAACGCAGCACCAGACGCGCUGCAGCACCUGCGCAUGAUCGACAGCUCCACCUACACAUCCUGACGCCGGCCGACCCGCUGGGCCGGGAACUUUCACCUGGAUGAGGUCGGACCAGAAUCCGUCCUCACAGGAGCAACGAACUCGAUCAUCAGUGAAAUGAAAGAAAAUCCAUUCAAUCAAAACAGCUUCACUGCAAAAACAAAAUCUUACCAACUAUUUUUG